AUGCAAGUUACAAAAGUUGCUCGAAUGUUGGCUGCAAAAUCAACUGAUGUUGAGGUAAAAGGAUGUUCAGUUAUGGCUCUCUUAGAUGGAGGAAUGCUAAGACGGCACAAAAGCUGGCUCAAGGCUGAGCCACCAGCAAUUGUGGUUGCUACGGUAGCUAGUUUGUGCCACAUGCUUGAAAAGCACAUACUUAGACUUGACUCGGUGAAAAUUCUUGUUGUUGAUGAGGUUGAUUUCUUAUUCUACUCAUCUAAACAAGUCGGUUCUGUGCGGAAGCUUUUGACGUCAUUUUCUUCAUGUGAUAAACGUCAAACGGUUUUCGCCAGUGCUUCCAUUCCCCAGCAUAAACAUUUUGUUCAUGACUGUAUACAGCAAAAGUGGACAAAGAGGGAUGUUGUUCAUAUCCAUGUUAGCGCAAUCACCCCCAUGCCUUUGUGCCUUCUUCACAAAUUUGUAGUGUGUGGGAAGGAAAACAAGCAUCGGAUACUGCUAACUUUGUUAAACUCUGAUGCACCUGAAUCAGCUAUUAUUUUCGUCGGCGAGCAGUCUGAGAAGUCAAAAAAGGCUGGAAAUGAUCCUUCUACAACUCUACUUAUUGAAUUCCUUAAAACUUCAUAUGAUGGCUCUCUAGAGAUUCUCUUACUAGAGGAAGACAUGAAUUUCAAUUCACGUGCAGCUUCAUUAACAGAAAUUCGGCAAGGAGGAGGGUUUCUUCUUGUUUCUACUGAUAUUGCAGCAAGAGGGAUUGAUCUACCAGAAACAACUCAUAUCUUCAACUUUGAUCUCCCACAGACAGCUACUGAUUAUCUUCACAGAGCUGGAAGAGCUGGUAGAAAACCUUUUUCGGAUAGGAAAUGUAUUGUUACCAACUUGAUCACCUCUGAGGAAAGAUUUGUCUUACAAAGAUUCGAAAAUGAACUAAUGUUCACCUGUGAGGAACUGAUGUUUUAG